ACGAUUUUAGACCGGAGCAGGGCCUCCUGCCGUCAGAUUUCGUGGCGCACAGGGUGUGCUGUGCCACGGGUCACCAGAGUGAAGAAGAGGUCGCCCGGAGGGAAGGAACGGAAGCUUUGGCGGUCGAGGCGCCGGAGCCCCGCGACCGGAACAACGUGCAGGUUGCCACUUUCCUCGAAUCGAAACCGCCACCAACGUGCCUCCCUUUCGCGAGUGAUGUCAAUGCGAGGAAGAAUCGGCUCUCGUAUCAUCUGACGAGAUGACCUUAACAGAUCAAGCGGCGAAAGCCAAAGGACCGCCACGAUGGCUGGAGCCGGACCAGGUGCUUCCGGUUCAGGGACGAGUCGGCGAGGACAUCGUCAUCGAACCGAAACUACGGUGGUCCGACGUUUUCGACGAGCUACGAUACGAACUAUUACGCGGAGAUGUACCGAUACCGUCCGAUCGAUACCGCGUACAAAUGAGAGGCAACGUCGUCCAAUUGACUCUGAAGCAAACACAGAAAGACGACACAGGGCAUUACGCUCUGGUGGCUACGAGAGUUGGUCAAGGAUUCGACAAAGGAUCUUCCAAGAAAAUACACCUGAGCGUCGACGAACCUUCGGAGGAGGGUGAUCCACCAACCUUCUUACGAAGAUUGACUGAUCUCGCGGUCAAAGUUGGCACCCGGACCAGAUUCCUCGUGGAAAUCCGGAGUUCGACUACACCGAUGAUCACCUGGCACAGAAAUGCCGAGCCGGUGCACGCGGGUUCGAGAUUCUCUUUCGUCCACGAGGGAAACUUCUACUGCGUCGACGUGGCACCUGUCACGGUCGAGGACGAAGGACACUGGACCUGCAUGGCGGAAAAUCGUGGAGGACGAUCAUCCUGCACCUCUCAACUUACCGUCAUUGUUCCAAAAGCCUACAAAAGACCAGAAUUCGUGGAGGAGCUCCGUGCCCUUCUCACAGAGACAGGCACAGUGUCCCUGGAAUGCAAAGUAGUUGGUGUACCUACACCAGUGCUAAGAUGGUUCAAAGACAACAAAGAAAUCAAGGCUGGCGAUGUCUUCGCUUUAACUGCCAACCCCGAUGAUCCAACCUCCCUUGGCAUUUAUACCUGCGAGGCAGUGAAUUGUAUGGGAAUUGCAUACUCUUCUUCAAAAGUACACGUGGUUGGAAAAGGAAGUAGGGAGGGUUCUUUAAAGCCAGCAGAUUCCAUGACACCGUCUGGCCCUCUUCCUAUUUUCAUCAAGCUUUUGCAGGACGAAUGUUGCAGAAUCGGGGACACUCUCCGGCUUUCUUGCCAAGUCCAAGUACCACCGUGGCCGAAAGCAAUUACGUGGUACAACAAAGAGGGACGUAUCGAGCCAAGCGAAAAGUAUCAUGUAAUGGAAGAUGGCCUUGGUGGAUAUUUUGUUGAGGUAUACCCUGUAGAAGCUAUGGACGAGGGUGAGUGGAAAUGCGUCGCCACGAGCGCUGAAGAUAUGAAACAGUUUACUACUUGCUACGUUGCAAUGUCCAUUCCAAAGAACUACAGGAAACCACGGUUCAUGGAAAGCUUGAAAGCUGUCCUAACGGAGGAAGGUUUGGUAUCGUUCGAGUGCAAGGUCGUAGGUUUCCCCACGCCUCUGCUGAGAUGGUUCAAAGACGGCCAGGAACUAAAACCAGGAGAUGUUUACCAAUUAACUGGGACCAAUUCCUUAGGUUCCUAUUGUUGCAUUGCAAGAAAUUGUAUGGGAGAGGCAAAGAGCACAGCCGAAUUAACGAUCGAAGAUAUACAAAAUCAAUUAAACGAGGAAGAACGUUUGCAACUUCUAAGCACGAAUCAACCGCCCACUUUCAUCAAAGGUCUUAGGAGUUGCGAAGCGAGAAUUAACGAAGACUUUCGAUUUACUGUACAAGUCAGUAUUUCCCCCGAGCCGAGCCUAGCUUGGUACAGAGACGACAUGCCAGUGGAGGAGAACGAGAAAUACCAGAUUGCCAAGGGGAGUCUCGGCACUUGGCACCUCGACGUGAAAACGCUCGAAUUCGUCGAUCAAGCCGAGUGGAAGUGCGUGGCUACCAACGAUCACGGUCAAAGCGUCACUUCCUGCUUUCUCAAAUUAAUCAUUCCCAAACAUUACAAGAAGCCGAAGUUUCUCGAAAGUUUGCGCGCCAUACUGUCGGAGGAGGGUGCAGUGAACUUGGAGUGCAAAGUGAUCGGUGUGCCUCAGCCGAUUCUCAAGUGGUACAAAGACGGUGUCGAACUGAAGCCGGGAGACAUUCACAGGAUCAUUUCUGGACAAGAUGGGACCUGCUGUUUAGGAACUUAUACUUGCGAAGCGACCAAUUGUAUGGGCACUGUCAGCAGUUCUGCGUCUCUUCUCGGCUUUGAAGAUAAAUUCCCUGUUCGAAAAGAAGCAAAGGAGCCACAGUCACCAAACGGUCACGAACUUGCUAGGAACCUGUCACUAUCAACGAUUCACGAAGAGAGAACAUCGCAAUUGUACGAUACACCGCAGACCGAUCAUUCCGUCACGUUAGACGAUCGAGGGGAAGUGUCUUUCAGUUUCGAUGGUAAAGAAGUUUCUGUUAGUUUGUACGAGACACCUGAUCUCACUGAAGAAGAAGCUCUUCAGAUCUCGUCGAUCGGUAGCGAGAUGGAUGGGAAACGAAGGAGGAGCGGAUCAGCGAGCGCCAACACCGAAAUGCUUCAACGCAUCGAGUCAAUAAACAAGACCGAGGAGCCGUACGUGGAAGACGUGGCUGACAAGUCCAGCGAAAAGAAACAGACCACCAGCGAGUCGGACAGAUCUCUGUCGAAGAGUAACAAAGAACGACUGUUAGACAACACGAAGAGACUGAAGGAACCUGUCCUCGUGGUGAGAGACACGUUGGUCAGCAUCGACAAUCUCGAGACCAAAUUGAACAGUGGCAGCGAGGAGGAGUGUAGAACGACCAUAACGGAGAACAUCAUCAAGCCUAUACAAAUUUUGUGCGAAGAGGUGUCGUCCAUCGAGUCGAAAGCGCUGAAGAACGCCGGCGACAGAUCGUUGAAUCAAACUGUUCGAAUCUCACUGUUGGAAGCCAUCGGUGGUCCAACGGAGGAGCUUCUCCGCGGAAUGGAGCUGAUAGAACGUCAAGAGAACGUGAAGAGUCGCAAGACGGAUUUGAUCGCGAUCUUGGAGAGCCUCACGGACCCCGUGGACGAGAUUCUAAUGGGGAUCACGAAGAUCGAGCACGAGCUGACUGGGCGAGCGAUCGGCGAGAAACCGAUCGCCUUGAUUCGAAUGAUCUCCGCGGUUUCCAAGCUCGACGAGAACGUUAGAAACGCAUUGACCGCGGACAAACGAGCUGCGAGAUUGGCCGCGAGUUUGGAAGAGAUUCUCAACACGUUGGAUUUCUUUUUGAACGACGUUUCUGUGGAUCCAACUAGAGGAACGAUAGAAACCGUGGACACUGUGGUGGUCGAGUCUCUCUCGAGGUCUAUAGAAGACAUGGCGCGAGCUCUCGGUCGUAGUUGCACGACAAAAGCAAACGUGGACGGUGGUUCGAACAUCGUGGAAGAGCUUGCCACACCGACGCGCGAGUUGAAAGCGAAAUUGGACACUCUGCGGUCCGCUUUGGAAACUUACGAGACGAAAGGCACAUUGUCCGAGUAUCGAACGAAAUUAAUCGAGUCGCUUCGAGAUUCCGUCGGGCAGACCGUCGGCGAGAUUCAGAGAAUGAAGGAGAAGAAACCAGCGGAGGAUGAGGGAAGAACAGCGGCGGAAGAGCCGAGGCAGGAUAUUCUGAAGGAAGUGAGAUCGAGUCUCCAAGAGGCGUUGAAAUCGUACGAGAACGUGGCUGGCACUCUAGAUCCGCGACUGUCCAGCAUCUUCGACCGAGUCGACGAGAUUUACCGAAGGCUGAGAACACCGCAGAAACGAGAGAUCGGUUUGGAAUCGCUGACGAGCUUGGAAGGGCCUCUUUACUCCCUUCAGUGCGCUCUAACGUCAAUCUCCAUCGCAGAGAACUCCGAGACGAUAUUCAAACUGCUGGAGCCCGUCGUUUCUCAGUUGAGGUCGACGAUAACGAGUCUGAACGAGAGCUCGUUGCAACCGAUACUGGAAAUGGUUGGUAACAUCGAGGGGAUCGUUCGGAUUCGAACGGACAACGAACUGGAGGAGGGUGCGUCUUCCAAGUCGAUGCAGGAAGAGCCAGAAAAUUUGAUCGACGGGAUCCUGGAUCCGUUGAUAGACGUUCAGUCAGCGUUGAGCACUACUCUGGAAGACGUCGACUCUGUGACGAAUGGAGCGACGAGUUCUGAGAAAUUCGCCUCGUCGGAAGUAGCUGCUUGCCUGGUAGAACUCAGGCAGUACGUGUCCGACGCCGCUCACACGGCCAUGACUCUGAGAGUGGACGAAACGUUGAGCAGUCUGAUGGAUCUGAAGGAACCGCUGCUGGAUCUGCUGGCGGUUCUUGCUUCCGAGGAGAGAAGUUUCCAGGAGCUGCCUGUGAUUCGUAAAAUACCGAUCACGAUAGAGAAGUUGAAGACCGUCGUUUCGAAAGUGUUGGAACACUCGCGGUCGCAGGAAACGAUCAAGCGGACGAAAGACCUCUGGAAAACGUUGGGAGACGUUGAAACUCAGUUACCAAAGACGAUCGUUCAGUUAACGGAUGCCGAGGAGGCGGCGAAACACGUUCUGGAGCGUUUGAACGUGGACCAGGGUCUCAGUAACGUUCAUUUUGCUCUAUCUUCGGUGUUGGAGAGGCAAGAGAGGAAUCAUCCAUCGUACUCCUCGAGUCUGACGAUUUGUAUAGAGGAUCUGCGACAGAGUAUCGGUUCUUCGGCAGUGGCGAUUGCCAAUUUGAAGCAUCCGGUGGACGAGCAGAUCGUCGAACAGGUUGCCCUGUUGAAGGAGAGUCUGUUGAGCUUGCAGAGGUCUCUGCUGACCCAAGAACACGAGCCUGAAGAGGAACAGGUGUUGAAGGAUCUGACGAGCCCGGUUGAGAAACUGAAGAACCUGAUUCGGACUGUGGUGGACACGGAGGCAAGGACGGACGUGCUUCUUCCAGUUUUGGAGCUGCUCGACGAAAUAGAGAAAGACACGCCGUUGAUCGCGAAGGAGGCGUCGAAGAAGAAGGCCAGGAGAGAAGCGGAGAAACUAAUCCCGAAGAGGGAGGAACCGAUGAAACAAAAGGUUCGAACGUUUGGCUUGGCUGAUAAGAUCUUCCGGUCCUUGGACCCGAUGAAACAUUGGCUGUCAGCUACGUCCGAGGAGAGCACGAAAGACGAGGAGGAGUCGGCUCUCAGCUCGACCGUCGACGAACUGAAGAGAGACGUGAACAAAAUUGCCAUCGAAACGUCGUACUCGGAGCCUCCGAGUGACGAGAACCUGAUUGAAGCUUUGGUCGAUCUUCGCGAACCAUUGACCAGACUGCGAAACGCUAUAGCAAUACCAUCAUGGACGUUCUGA